UCCACAGUAGACCCCAGACUCCGUUGAACUCACAAUGGGCUGAUUUUGACACGAGCGGACACGAAUUCCAUUGACUCGAACCCUAAUAUUUCGAGGGUCGCAACAAUUGCCUUCUGGCGACGCUCAAUAAGUCUGUACCACAACGCGGGGAGCCGCACCUCGGAUCAAAUUGGACUUCCCCACCAUCGAACAACAGAGCAGAGCAACACUCUUGAACCAACGCAACGAUGUUCCAAGUUCCGUCCUUCAAAUCUUUCAAGCUGUUCUCCUGGGGUGAGAAGCAAGCUAUUGAUUUACCACCGGUCAAGGCCCUUGACCUUGAGAACGCACUGGAAAAGAAUGCAAGGACGUUGAAGCACCUGCUCAAGCUCAACCAUGCCAAUCAUGCCAUUCUAUGUAACAACCGAAAAUUCCAUAACCAUGCUCCUCAUCUUCUUACUGCCGCGUAUCUACAGGGCGCGGACGCUGAUGAUCUCACUCGGCUCUACGAAUCAGAGUCCAAGUUGCUGGAGCUAUGGGAUGACUCACCUGCCGAAGUAACAGAGGAAGAUUGGAGAGAUCACUUGGGACGACGAGAAUAUCAGAAGGCCUUUGUGGAUUUCUUUGAAGAUGAAUUGGUUCGGUGUGGCUACGACUGGAAAGAAGUCGUAGCAGAGUAUCUAUUCUCGGGAGAAGAGCCGGUUUUCAAUUCUAUCAUGGCUGACCUCGGUCAUCCGUUGAUCCAUCUUGCCUAUGCCUACGAGACGUCUAGCCGCGAAGUUGCAAUGGAAGCUCUAGGAAUGGCGGCGACCGGCUAUAACAAAAUACACAAUUACCUUGAUGACCCUGUACUAUCACAAACCGAGGCAUCCUACCAUUCGACAUCACUAUUCGAGAUCAUCGAAAAAGUCCGAUCAGACAAGAAGUUCGUUGGCAUCUUCGCGACUCCAGGGGACCACAACAUCGAAAAGCUGUUUGAUAACCAUGAAUCUCUUCUCCUUGACCACUGGAACGCAUGGCAGAUCAAAAACCCAGUCGAGCAGUUCCGUGAGAGCCAGGAGCUUGCCGUCGCCCUGCUUGUUGCCACGCACAAAGACUCAAGCGAGAACUGGGACUUCUUCUUCGUUCACGUUCUGACCACCAGCCACGCAGUACGCGUGAUGCUUCCUUGUAUUCCCGCCAAGUUCCAAAUUUCUCUCGUCCGUCAAUGGUGGCUUGUCACAAUGACGGCAUUCAUUGCCCAAUUGCGCCCGGAGCUAAACAUGGACAUGAUUCGUGACUACGAUCUUAAAGGAAGAGAUUGGGCCUGGACUGCGGAGAAAGCUAUCAAGGGAGAACAUUCGACCGAUUCGCAUUAUGCGAAGGCUCUUAGGGCGCUUCGGGAAUGUGCAUCUACCUGGGCCGAUCACGAUGGCUUCUACUUGAAGGCGGCUGUGAAGUUUGCUGAUGAGUUCCAUGGAUGGGGUGGCUUUGUCUAAUACUGAGCUGACAUCUUCAUAUUCAUUGUUCGUAUUUAUUGGCGUUUAAUUCACACAAAACGCGCUAUACUAUGCAAAAUUAUCAACAAUCUCACCAUGGAAACUUUUGAUUAUCAUGUCUCCUAGAAGCCGACACCGAAGAAUAAGUCACAAUGCUAUCUGUUUCCGAGUCUCUUCCCUGGCGAAAUUCUCCCACCGCUCCCACGAAAGGCUGUAAUCAAUAGUAUCCCUCCACAAAUCAUUAGGAUCGCUCCCAGGAGGUAAAGACUUGCCAUUACCAGUCUUCGCCCUCUUCUUCCCUUUCACAAAUCUCAUAUGCCAAGGCACAACGCCAACUCUUUCAAAUCCCAUCUUCUCCGCGAGUCUCGCGCUCGCAACAUUCAUCGUGCUCGUUCGCCAAUGGACCCGACGCAAACCAAGUCCACCUAUCUGGGGGUCUUGAAGACUAUACUGCAAAGCCAGCCCGACGGCAUUCUUUGCAACGUGCGUCCGCUGGAAUGGUGGUAAAAUGAUAAUGAAGCCGAUUUCGGUACAUAGAUGUGUAUCCGAUGUUCGCACUAGACUGACAGUACCGGCGAGUUCACCCUCGGGGUCAUCGAUAGAUGGCGGGCGAGUCUUAUCGAUGAUGGCGAAAGCGAGUGAUGUGGGAUUUGAGAAUGAGAGGAGUUGUGUUUGGGAUUGGGAGUAGAAUUCGGCUUUGAGUGCUUCUUCUGAGUCCCAGGGACCCAUGGGCAUGUGUGUGUAUAGUUCUGGAUGGGGGGAUGAGAGGCGGAAGAAUGCGUGGGUGUGAUGGUCUGGGUUGAAAGGGAUGAGUUUGAUACGGUCGUUGGAGACCUCGCGGAUGGGAAAUAGGAAAGUGGAUAACUGGGUCAUUUUGUGGAAGUAGUCUCGCUCACUUCAAGAUUGUCUUUUGAGGGCUGGCUAUUGAAGUUUGAGACGUUGACUUGAGUUAUAUGAGGUUUAGCCGAUGAUCGCUUACCUCGUAUUCUCCUAGGGUAGUAUCAGAUCCUUGGAGAUAUCGCCGAUUUACGGCACUUGUCUAUUUGAGGCAGGUUGUGGAUAGAGGUAGAUCGAUGAAGAACUAAGGCAGCCUGAGCUCGAAUGGGCCCCGA